AUGCGCACCCAAUUGCCCUUGCUUCGGUCGACACGAGGUGCACGAUGGGGCCAGGCAUCUUCGUACGUCUGCCGGCAAUGCAGGGGCAUCCAGAUCAGCGCUGCGCCGACGACUGAAGCUCCGCGAGUCGGCGGGGAUGUUUUCGGUGCUCGAGAUACAUGGCGGGACGCUGCCGAUGCUCGAUUCGAGGUCCUCGGCUCCCCGUACUCGCUGCUUUCCGUCACCUUGUCGCCGUCGCAGCAGCUUUACACGAGACGCGGGACGUUAGUCGGCGUCGCAGGCAAGGCUGAGAAUGCCCAAUCGACCCUCUCGAUCCUCUCCCCCUUCACACGAGCCAUCCUCGGCGUACCGUUUCUAUAUCAACGCAUCUCGUCUUCGACGUCGCUGACGGCCUUGAUAUCAACCAAGUCGCCCACUACCACUUUCUCCGUCCUCCACCUCGAUGGCACUACCGACUACAUUGUAUCGCAGCGCAACGCGCUCCUGGCAUGGACGGGCCACACCCUCUCUGUGUCUCCCCGCAUCAGCCGCGGUCUCUCGCUGGCCCAUUGGGGAAGUACCCACCUCACCGGCCGUGGAUUGGCCGCGCUGUCGUCGCCAGGUCAGGUCUACGAAGUUACACUCGCCGAGGGGGAGGAGUUCGUCGCGCACCCAUCGCACGUGGUCGCGUACUCGGUCUCGCGCAACCCGCCAUUGCCGAUGCGCCUAAAGUCCAACAUUCUCCGUUUCCAGGUCCCCAGCAUCACCGGCUUCUUCCCCAAGACCAACUUCGUCAAGGCGAUGCGCGACACGAGCACCUACAAGACCCUUUCGAGAUGGAUGUACUCCCUGCGCACCACGUUGAGACGUACGAUUUGGGGCGACCGCCUGUUUCUCCAGUUCCGAGGGCCGACUACACUGCUCAUGUCCAGCCGGGGCGUCAGAAUCACCGAUUCCCUCACCAACAAGGAGGUCAACGAGAUCGCUGAUGCGCCGGCCGGGACGGUCCCUGAAGCGGUCGAGCUAGCCACCAAGCCCAAGAUGGAAGCGACACCGGCAUUCAAGGAGCAGGCGCCCUCGGCCAUUCACGUCGCGAGUGUCACGCUGGACGGCAAGGUCAACUUUGAGGAUGCAAAGGACCUCAAGGAAUUUGUGAGGUAG